AUGUUUGGAAUUACUACAAAGAUCUUAAUUAUUACUAUUAUUUCAAUAUACUCAUCGUAUUUAUUCUUCUAUAAAUGUGAAAAUGUUGGAUUAUUAGAUUAUUUACAUCCUUUGAAUCACCACCAAGUUAAAUUCUGUGCUAACUUGAAUAGUUUUGAAGGAUUUGUUUCUCCUUAUUUCAAAGCUUCUGGGGACUUUAUUGAAAAAUCUGUAUUUGAACAUGAUUUGGUUAAACAAUAUGGUGUUAAAGGUCAUGUUGAUAGUGUUGUUGGUCAUUUCAAACACCAUCUUGGUCCUUUAGUUGAAAAAUUAUUCCAAUUCAUUGAAUUUAUUGAAAUUAAAUUAUACGAUGGUGCUAGUGAUUUAUAUGCUCAUGGUGUUUCUUUAUAUAAACUGAAGUUUGCUUAG